AUGGCGAAUAAUUAUUGUUAUUAUUUGGCCGCGUGCCUAGCACUAUACGCGUAUCCGGUGGUCACUCAAAACAACUUUAACGACCCGUACGGUCAAAAUGCUCAACAGUAUUAUCAACAGGCGCAGCAAAGGCCGCAGGACCUUAUCGAUCAACAGUUCAGCCGUCCGUUGUACGGUUUCCAGGAAAACCAACGACAGGCACAGCAGCAGCAACAGCAACAACAGCAGCAGCAACUACAGCAGCAGCAACUACAACUACAACUUCAACAACAACAGCAGCAGCGAUUGCAACAGCAACAGCAACAACAACAGCGGUUACAACAGCAGCAACAGCCGCUACCGCAACCGCGGCUACAACAACCGCGAUUGCCACAGCAACCAAUGCGAAAUCCGAAUUUCAAUCAAAACCCAACCUUUUUCCAGGAGAGACAGAAUUACAACAGUUUCGCGUCCAGAUAUGCACCUCCUACUCUAAGAUUACAAGCUGGUUCAGCUCCUUACGUUUUGACCGAAGAGAGAUUGGCGGAAAUCCGAGAAGAGUUCAUGUACUGGUAUUUCGAUAGAGGCGGUGAUAAUGACUUAGGAGACUACCAAACCGACAUACAUGGGUCUAUGCCUCAGAUUCACAAAAAUUUUAAUUUUCAAUUGCCGUUCUUCGGCUUUCGAUUCAACUACACUCGGGUGUCAAUGAACGGUUAUUUAGAAUUCAGUGAUCCACCGAAACACUACCGAUAUCCGUUGUCAUUUCCGAUCAAAGAGUGGCCGAAAAAGAACGACCCGUCCUUCAUCGGUAUAUUCUACAGCAAGUGUCGGAUUGGUUCACUUAGAACUGACGACAUUGACCGACGCAAGCCUGGAGUUUAUUUCCGCAUGGAAAGGGAUUUGCAAGCUCGAACCGAUCAGUUCGGAGUGGAAAUGAGAGAAAGAUUAAUGUGGGAUAUUCGAGAAGGCGUAGUCGGUGCCGACUCGUUCGUACCCAAACAUUCAGCCAUUAUUACGUGGAAAAACAUGUCAUUUGCCGGAGGAAUUGACAAUUCACUUUACAGGACUAAUACGUUUCAAAUGAUCUUGGCCACCGACGAAGUAUUCACUUACGCUAUAUUCAAUUACGUAGACAUGCAAUGGACUAGUCAUACAGAAGCCGGUGGCGAUACGACUGGUGGCGAAGGGGGAGUACCAGCUUUUGUGGGAUUCAACGCUGGAAAUGGGACAAGGAGUUUCGAGUAUUAUCCUUAUUCGCAAAGAUCGACCAUUAGAGACUUGGUUGGUCGUGGUUGGGCGAAUAACUUUCCUGGUCGACACAUAUUCAGAAUCGACGAAAACAUUAUGUUAGGAACGUGUAAUAAAGAUAUCGCUGGUACAAAUUUGCCGUUGGUUUUCGCACCGGAGAGUGGCAACAUGUUGGGCGGCACCGUCGUCAACAUCACCGGACCGUGUUUUGAGCCCGGAGACAAAGUCCGAUGCAAAUUUGACACGGAAGAAGUUGUCGGCACCGUAGUGAAUAGAAACCGUGCCGUUUGCAUCCAGCCGUUUUUGAUGGCCGAAGGUUAUGUAAUAUUUGACGUGGCGAUUGGUGACGAAAAAUAUAAUUGGAAGGGAAAAUACUUUGUGGAGACUCCAGCCACGGCUACCGAGCGAAUUCGGUUCCAAGACUCAGCAAUACGAGAAAGAAAGCCUAAAGAAAUAAAAAUUACCUGGGAAAAGCAAAAUCUUACAACGAAUUUUGACGCACAAAUACAGAUAUCCCUUUACGGUUACAGAGAAGUAACAAUCGCACCGGAACUCGUAUUCAUCGAUGUCAUAGCGACAAAUAUUCCCAAUUCGGGUGAAUACAUCAUAAGCCCGGCUACUUUCGAAGACCGCGACAACGUCCAAAACUUAGAUUUGACGUUUGGAUUCUUACAAAUACAACUGUCCAAUCCGACGAUGUACUCCGGCAUUUCGAUUUCUCCGUAA